AUUUGUAUUUCGAUUGAUUUCGAUGAAAUUUGAUAUUAUUUUCUCAAAAAACUACAGUAGGUAAUUAGUAUGUCAAGUUAAGACCAGCAUUGUGAACAUUCAUCAUGGAGAAGUAAAAUAUUGUAAUCCAUUAAACAGCCUACACUGAACCUACAAGAAUAGUGUGAGCGGGGACUGCCAGUGACGCUAGGAAGUGUGGCGGCGCAGGCGGGAAUUCGGACAGUGGAGACGGACAAAUACGGACGGUGAAGACGGCAGUACAGCCCGUGGAGGCGAGAAAUGGAGACCGGACAGCUGCAGGAGGAGUUUAUCCAGAUGAAAGCAGAGAUGGCACGACUGAAGGAGGAACUGACACAUCGCAAUAAAGAGGACAAAGAGGACAUUGCCCGUCUGAAUGGGGAACUGACCACACUGAAGGGAGACAACGCCACACUGCGUCAGGAGGUGGUCCAUCUACGUGAGGAGGUGGUCCGCCUGCGGCAGGCUGUCCUCGAAGAGCGCACCACUCACCAAACUGUUGUGGAGGAGCUUCUACUGGAGGUCGGCCGACGAGCGGCGCCAUCCGACCGUUCGCAGAGUGACGGCGAGGAGGUGGAUUCACUGAAGGCCGACACUCGUGACAAGUGUGACGUCAUCAGUAGUUGUGACGUCAUAACCCCAACCGCAGAGGAGGCGGGGCCGGCGGGCGGUGACGUGCGAGAGGCUGCAGCGCGAUGGGCUCCUGCCAUUUAUCUCUUGGACCACGAGUUGCUGAAGAUGGUGCUGAGCAACAUGGACUGCAGGGAGAUGUUCCGCGCCAGGCGGGUCUGCCGUCGGUGGCGGUCCGCCGUCGACGAUAUCGUUAGCGACUGUCGACGAGAGGUAACCGAUCAGCAAACCCGCGGUGGAGAGGUCCCUGCGCCGGCCACGAGCCUAGAGCUCGUCUUGAAGGUGCAGGACCAGCCGAAGAUGACCGAACUGCAGGCGCCGACCGCUGCGACGGACACCGACCUCCGACUGGUCGCGGCCACCUGCCACGGUCUGGAGAAGGCCAACCUGCGCGACUUCAAGCUGCGUGUCUCUGCCUUGCGCCGGCUGGCGCGUUUCAACGCCACCUGUCUGCGUGAGCUGACACUGCCGGCCGGCGUCAGCGACUGGCAGCUGGAGGCGCUGCUGGAGCCACUGAAGGCUCUGGAGCGGCUCGAUGUGAGCCCACCCGUGGACAGCUCCGGGAAGUGGCUGCGACUGCUGCCCAAGUCGCUGGGGAGGCUGGACAUCACUGGAUCAGGAAUGACUGAAUCACCAUUGUAUCACGCCCGAUGGCCGACGUCUGGACUAGAUGUGGCAAUCCAGAAAGGCACGGACGUACUCCUGGGCCAGGUGGCUGCUCUGGUGACCCGCACAGUCACAGGGCUGUUCAUAAGUGAGUCACCAUCCGUGACACCGGAAGCGGCGGGACGCCUCCUGACUGCCCUCACCAGCUUGAAAGACGUCACUAUACGCGGACCUGGCGUCAUUUGCGACACUGUGCUAACCGCCCUCCACGUCUGCUCCCUGCUGCAUACUCUGGAGCUUCAAGACAAACGGUCUCCCACGGACAUCCCUGCCCUGACCCAGUCGGAGGUGGCAGCGGUCAGCAGGAUGGCAGUGACCUGCAGGAAACUGUAUACUCUGUUCAUUGGAUCCUCAACUGAAAACUGCCAGGCCGUCCUGACCGCCCUGCACGAGGCAGACCUGGGAUGUGACGCUGGCCAGAUCCGUACCAUCAAUCUCUAUAUCCCCAAGUCUGUAUCAGACAAGCUUACUGAGCGUCCCAACAGCAGCAAAAUAUGCUUGCGUUACUUCACGUAGACGACUAGCUUCCCGGUGCCUCGUCCGCUCCGGUGCCGGCGGCAGUGUCGGCAACUCGACAACAGAUGGCAGCACCGUGUCCCGUCGACAGCGCUGUACGGGGCACAAUACACAUCAAGACCUUCAUAUCCAGAAGCGUUUCAAAAGUGUUUACCAUCGGCGAGCAUCCCAGAUCCAUGGGUACCUUACCGCCGCGUCAGACUGAUUUUUGUUUGAGUUGGCUUGUAAUUCGGUUUGGGCACGGGUCGCUACUUGCUACUUGCUACCUUCGUUGACACUGCUUUGAUAGACAGUAGGUAUGUUCGUCCAAACGUCUGUAAACCGUUGUCACCGUUCUGGAGGUACCGCCGUGGUGACGUCACGUGUGUUGUGACGUGACGUCACACUGGCUCACACCGCUGUGCUGUAGUGGUGCAGUUUCAGUUUAUACCUGUUUAUACCUAUAUACGCCUAUAUACCGUGGUUUAUACCAGAGAGUGGUUGGAGCUAGCUGUGAGGGUGGCCGGUCCAGGGCCGGUCCAGGCUAUUCGGACCUCGCCCGUCACUGUGUCGGACCAUCGGUGUUUCGGUCGGCUGUGGUUCGUUUGGACCAGAUUUGUCCGGUUGUGGUUCGUUUAGACCAGAUAUGUCUGCCUGUGGUUCGUUUGGACCAGAUUUGGUCGGUUCGGUGUCGUUCAUGGGAUAGCACGGGCUGAUGGCGAUUGAAGUACACAGUGGUUCAGACGCUCAAUACACAAAUGUUACUGGGAAAAAAAGAAUAGUGUGAGCUCUUUUCUUUUAUUUUUGUCUUGAGUGCCGAGGGGUAGGCAUCAUAGUGUGGGUCCGGGUGUCACGUGUGACUGAUGAGCUUGUCGUGAUAGUAUAGUCAUCUCGAACCUUUGUCAGUGGUCACAGGCCAGACCGGUGUCCGAUUUACCACUGGCGAUUUUAUGCGU